AUCGAAUCACAGCGUCAAAUCUCUUCCAAUCUGCCACAGAGAUCUCCUAUAUUCAGCGAGCAAUGGAGAAUAUGAGCACGAAGCUGACUCUGAGGGUUGAGCUGAAGGGUCUCGUGGCUCGAGUGACGCUGAAUCUGCCUCCGCCGCCGUCAGAUAGGAUUUGGAUUGGAUUCAGGGGCCCACCACGGAUGUGGAUCACGGCAAAGCCCACCGUUGGUGAUCACACCUUCGACUGGAGUAUUGUCACCAAUAUUAUCGAGAGCAAAUUGUGCGAGGAAGUGUAUAAGUAUCUUGUGUAUCCAAAUAUGGUUGAUAUAAUUGUACCCUUCCUUGGCCAGUCGACCUAUCAGGAAAUGUAAGUUGUCUUAUGAUAUUUAUAAAUAUUUAUUGCAAAUUUGCCACGAUUUAUUACCAGUGUUACCCAAAAAGAUAUUUAUUUAUUUUUUUUUUUU